AUGACUCGCCCCUCGAGUGCGAGCUUCGCGCAGUUCUUCCCCGCGGCUCCAAAGGCGGCCAGGGAGAGGGCGAUGGAGCGCGAGAAGGCGAAACAGGAAGCUACAGAGUCGCCGUCGUCUGCCCAUCUGGACAAGGCCAUAAAUGGUCACCAAACCCCCAGCGCGCGACAAGACGAUCCUGCCACCUCGAGAUCCCGCCGGGACACCUCAGUAUCAGAUCCAUCGCGAACACCCGCUGAUGAUAUCGACAACAUACCAAGGGACAUCCCCAACACAGUUGGCUCGGAGACCUCGAACACAAGCAUGGCGUCCUCAAUGACGAACGGUUCAUUGCGACCCAACGGUAUUACCGCCCCCAAGAGCUCAUCCUACUCUCAUCUCACCCCUUUGACGACCAUCGACUCGCCGUCAACGGCCAUAAACUCGCAACCUUCAAAGUCAACCUCACGCAACAUCUCAUAUUCCGACAAGACCAACGGAUCCACGAUGAACCUUGAUGGCGCCUGUGAGAAGAACCCCACGGUGGACCAGGCCGGCCUCGUACAUCGCGUACCGGCUCGAGAUCCUUCACUUCGCAUUCAAGUAAUCAAGUCUAUACAUGAGCCUUCCACCGAUCGAUCGUCGCGGGACAAGAAGAAGCCAAAAUACAAGGAGUUUGGGUUGGAAGAUGACGCUCCCCCUCCAGCCGACCCGCGACUUGCCAAGGGCAGUCGCCUCGACUACAUCAACGUCGACUACCACCUUCCCAAGUCUCGCUUGCGGCAGUCGCCCUACAACGUGAAGCCGUACCCAUGGGACUCCAGGACGUCUGUUGGGCCUGGGCCGCCGACCCAACUGGUGGUCUCUGGUUUUAAUCCCCUGAUCACCUUCUCCAAGGUUGCAGCCAUUUUUGCCUCAUUUGGCGACGUCGCAGAAAGCAGCAACAAGAUGCACCCUGAAACCGGCAGCUUUCUGGGGUUUGCUACUUUUCGGUACAAGGAUUCGAAGCCAAACCGCUCACGGCCUCACCCAGUCAUGGCCAUUGACGCUGCAAAACGCGCUGUUCGAGCCAUGAAUGGGAAGAAAAUAGAGUCUAGCGUCGUUCGGGUGGAAUUUGACCCCGAGGGCAAGAAGAGCCGGCGCAUGUUGGAAGAGGUCUUGCACAAGGAGCGGGAGAGGUCGCAGCCCCUGAUCACGAAACCCAUACCCACGGCCCCCAGGACGACGGGAAUCAUUCCAGGACCGCCUCCGACGGCGCCUAAAGGCCCUGCUGCGUAUCGACCGACACCCGAAGUGCGGCCCUUGCCCGUCGCGCCGCGGGUAUCGACCCUGAUCGAACAAGUACCGGUUGCCACCCAACUCAAGAGCGAACCGUACAUCUUCGUCGCCCACGAAUUCGUUCCAGUCAUGCCGACGACAAUUGCGCACAUGAAGAAGCGGCUGAAAAACUACCGGUGGGAGGAUAUUCGCGCCGACAGGCUUGGAUACUAUAUUGUCUUUCGAGAUUCCUCAUUCGGACGCACCGAAGCUGAGAAAUGCCAGGCGUCAGCAGACGGUACCGCAUUCUUCACUUACAACCUCAAUAUGAAGCUGCACUUGUUUGGGGCCGAGGGCAAACCGGCGGUGAACUCGACGUCGCUGACAUACAAGCGGCGAAGUCGCAGCCCGCCCCGCCGCCCGGUCGCAAUCGAGCCCCCGAAGCGAGAUGACAAGGAGCGCGCAAGGAGGGAAGACUUGAGGGACUUGGAAGAUGAGAAGCGCGAGCGAGCCAACAAUUUUGACCCGGUCAAGGAAGCUGCUGAGGUCGUGCGACGAGAGAUGGUCGAGCACCUCAUAAAGCAUAUUCGCCAGAAAGUUGCUGCGCCGAGUCUGUUCACGUUCCUGGACCCUGCUAAUCAUGCUGCCAAACGUCGAAAAUUUGGAAUCGAGGAUCCAGCCGGGGCUAAAACACCUGCCUUCCUUUUCGAGGACACGGAAGAAAAGUCUCCUGCGAGCACGCCCAACUCACGGGCGGACCCGAUCGAACGGCGUACAAAACACCUCGAUGUCACUGCGCUCCCCCGGAUUCGCAAGGCAAAGAAAGGCAGCCUCAUUCGGAGACCUGGGUUUACGGACCCAUUUGCUCGAGAGCGACCGAACUCGCAUCGGCCAGCGUUUCGUUCUCUGCACCAUCGCCUGCAACACGCCGAAAGUGAUGCGGAAUCUGAGGACGAAGUGGAGAAUCGUGACUCUCUGGCGAGAGACACUGAGGAGCCCGAGUCUCGGCCUCGCAGUCGCAUGAGUACUGAUGAAGACGCAAAGGAUGACUUCGGACAGUGGGGUCCUGCCGAGGAUGACUCGAUGACCGAGGCCAGCCUGGCACAAGACGGGCCAUUGCCGCGUAUCAAGAAGAGAAAGCUCGACCUGCAGGUAGAGACUGCAAUCAAGCGUCAAAAGAAGAGCGACGAGGAGCUAUUCGGGGUGACCAUUGAUCACAUUGAGACCGAAUACCCUCUCCGGGACGCGUCUGAGGAUGUUGUCUUGGACGACGCAGACUCCAUGGCGGUCAAUAUGGAUGACUCGUCUGUAGCUACGCAGGAACCGGUGUCCAAGGCUGCAAAGAAGGCUCUGAACAAGCCCAAGAAGAAAUCCAAGAAGCAGCUGUUUGAGGAGCGUGAGGCUCUCAAGCGACAGCAGGAAGAGAUCUUCGAAGAGGAAGCCGAGAAGAAGUCUGAAUCUCUCCAUCAGCCCACACCACCUCCUGAUCCAGAUUUCAAGCCCACCCCGCCUCCUGAAGACCCAGAUAAACCCUUGCCAGAUCCAGCAUUAUACCCGGAACAUGUCACCAAAGCUCUCGCCCUUCCUGCCAAUUUCAAGCUCGACAUCGAGUCUAUGCGACCCAUGCUCCCUGGGGAUGGUGACCAGCCCAACGUGACGAAGCUCAAGAAGAAGUUCAAUGUGGAAGACAUUGGCGACCCACAGGCGUGGAUCUGGAAACGAGACCGCAUCAGAGAGCUGAAUUCAUGGGAUGGCUCUGGGGAGAUUGUGGGCAUCGGAGGCUACUACGUGCCGAACCCCACAGGCUGCGCACGCACGGCAGGCAUCAAGAAGAUUCUCAACUCCGAGAAGUCCAAGUACCUGCCGCACCACAUCAAAGUGCAGAAGGCUCGAGAGGAGCGUGAGAAGGCUGGUAAAGGCGGCAAGGUCAAGGGUGCGCUUGCUGAGGUUAGCAACACGAGAGUUGCACCCGACCACGUUGCCUCCCAGAGCAAUGCGCGCGACACGCGCGCCAAGCAGCGUGACCACAACUCUUCCCUCGAAAAGACACAGAAGGUGUUUGGGCAGGCGUCGGACGUAUUACGCUUCAACCAGCUGAAGAAGCGUAAGAAGCCCGUCAAAUUUGCCCGCUCCGCCAUACAUAACUGGGGCCUGUACGCCAUGGAGAACAUUGCCAAGGACGACAUGAUUAUCGAGUAUGUCGGCGAGCAGGUGCGACAGAAGAUCGCCGAUCUCCGUGAGCAGCAGUACACAAAGAGCGGCAUAGGCAGCAGCUACCUGUUCCGGAUCGAUGAUGACACCGUCAUUGAUGCCACAAAGAAGGGUGGCAUUGCGCGCUUCAUCAACCACAGCUGUGCGCCAAACUGCAAGGCCAGCAUCAUCCGCGUGGAAGGGAGCAAGAGGAUUGUCAUCUAUGCAGAGAGGGCCAUCGCACAGAACGAGGAAUUGACAUACGAUUACAAGUUCGACCGCGAGAUGCGCUCGGAAGAUCGUAUUCCCUGUCUGUGCGGCACGCCAGAGUGCAAGGGCUUCCUCAACUAA